GAGAAUUAGGGGCGUUCAAACAAAAAACAAAGUCAUUCAUGCGAGACAAGUGUGCGAUUCGGUCGUAAAAAAAGAAACUCCCUUGACUUUUAGUUCGACUAAUUUUAUUUACUGGGAUCCAAAGUACCAACCAAUGGAUGGAAAUCAAAAGGGAGCGGAGGAACCCAAUGCAGGGGACAAUAUGCAACUAGACUUUCUGCAGUAUCUCCAUUCGUUGAGCGGCAUGCCCCAGGUUGUCGAGAACAACAAUGACACCGGAGCUGUCACUGCGGAACAACUUCUCAUGGACAUGGACAUCAAUAUGCCACUGACGGAUAAGCAACUGAUGGAGAGUCUCAUGGCGUCGUCGUCACCUAAACACAGCAAGGACACGGAGCCAGCGAUUCCACAGAUAACAAUCAGUGUGCCAGAAGGUCAGUUCCUCAAUGGCGAACUGGAUCCGCAGUUAUCAACCGCAGAGAUCACGAUUAGCUUCAAUGAUCUGCCAGCCAUGGCAGCCACAGCAGCUCCCGAGCCCAUGGAAUCGCUGGACAUUUCAGCGUGCAGCGUGGCAGAGUUGCAACAGGUGCGUCAGGCGCUGCUCAAGCAUAACUUUGUGCACAAGCUCCACUUGGCAGCAAGCAGUCCGCUGGUGACAUUUCUCAACUGGUCAGCGAGUGGCACACAGUUACAGGUGGACUACAUUGGAUUGCAGGAGCAUCUCAGUGGCACCCAGAGCAUGUUUCGCUGUCUCAACGUGCAGCACUUCACACAACAGCUGCUGGAUAUUGGCUUCAAGCGCGUGCAACAGCACUUGCAACACGCUGAGGCGCGUCCCACGUUGUACUAUCUGCAUGAGAACUUCACUGCCGGACAACCCGAUCAGAUGUUACAGCUGUCCGCACCCAAGUGGGAGCUGGACUCAACGGACGUAACGUAUUCAGCUUUGCAGUUGGCACGUGCUCGCUUCCAGACUUUGUUGCUCUAUCACAACGAUGUGCGACUGCUGCACCAACAAGAACCGAGUGCGGAUCAAUUGCUGCCACGUCGCGGACGCAUCUGCAACAGUCGACAGCCGGCGCAGCUGUUGUCGCAGGAGUUGGCCCACAAGCUUGUGAAUCCCCGGGAAACCGUGCUACAGGCUGAAGCGGCGCCAGCGCCAGAAUAUGCUGGAUACUAUGGAACGACGGAUCCGGCGUUGAUUGCCGAGUUCUUUGCGGAGUAUCUGCCACGUUUUGGCCCGAGGAAUAGCGGCUAUAAGGACAUUGUAGUGGAUGCCAGCAAAGCGAACUCGUUUCAACAGAACCUGCCAAUUGGCAUUGUGUAUUCCGAGGACGAGGAAGAGCUGGAGAGUCAAAAGAGCGAGGAGACAUCGCCUCCGCCAAUUGUGGAGGUGAAGACUGAAGAGGAGCCAGUGGCUGAGGUGGAGGCUUCACUUCCUGAAGACUUUGAGCUCGAGCAGGUGAUGCAGGAACUAUGCGGUGUUGUGCCCGAAGUAGAUGAGAACGUAGCAGACAAUGAAAAGGGAAAUGAGAAGGGGGAAGGAGCAGAACGAAAAGAAAGAGAAUGUGGAGGAAUUAUCCAAGAAACUGAAGCAGGAGCUGGACAAAGAGUUGACAAAGAUGGAUCCGAAACUGAUUAAAGUAAAUCCC